CUGUGAUUGGCUGAGCUCUGAUCAUGUGAUCAUUAAUGAACAGCAGCCUGUGAUUGGCUGAGCCCUCAUCCUGACCCGACUGAUUAACUGGUUGGUGGUUGUGGUUCAUGUGAGGUUCAAACCUGCGGUGUCUCCCUCUGACGGUCAGACGCUGCCUCCUGCAGGCGGCUCUGCUCCUGAGUUUUACACUGAUGACCAAACGGACGCAGACAGCAGCUCAGACUGAACGGGACGGCCUGAACCGGAGGAACCAGAAAACCUCCUGUGACGGACAGCUGAGCUGUGUGGGCGGAGCCUGCCGGUCUCUGAAGAGCGGAUCCCUGCCGUGACCCCGUGACCCCCACAGAAGAUGGAUCAUUCCCGGCAAAAGAGGCUUCCAGGCCUUCAGGGACCCAAAUGCAGAACCGUUUAUACCAAACCCAGAUCUGUGGACAGACUCCGCCCCCACAGGUGCUCCUCACCUGCUGCCUCCUCCUCCUGGCUGCUGGUCUUCCCCACUUUUAUAGCAGGGGGGGGUUGUGCACUCACAGCCUUUCUGCAUGUCUAUGCACAUACGUGCACGCGCACACGUGCACGGCGCCGCCCAGCGAGCAGACCAGCUCAGACUUUGUCCCUGACAGGAAGCUGUUGUCCGGCCGCGUAACCACAGCCGAGGAGGAGCCGCACACCAGCAUGUCUUCCUCCCCGGUGACCCCGGAGUUCAACCCUCAGCCCCCCUCCUCUUCAUCUCCUGCUCCUCCUCUUCGCUCCCUCAGGAGUCCGGAGCUUCAGGCGGAGUUUCUCAAAGAGCGCCAAAACAAGUUCCAGUUCCACGAUGACAUCAGUUCCUCCACCGUCCCCCCAUCCCCCUCCUCCUCCUGCUCUUCCUCCCCCCGGAGCUCCUCCACCUCCCCCGACGGCAGACGGGCCCGUCUGUCUCUGUCCAGCCCGGAGCUUCUGACCGAGCUGAAAGAGUCCAGGACACGCCCCCUCAGACACGUCCCCCCCCAUGGGGGCAUGACCGUGGUGUUCUCUGGACGAGGUCGUGGCGCUCCACAGGUGUCAGGCUCCGCCCCCGCCGCUAAACCAACCAAUCCAAGGACCAGUCACUGACGGCUGGGACACGGUCUGAAACUGUGACACGCCACUCGACCUCACCGAACGCCAUGACAUCUGAAACUGGAAAGGCCCUCCCUCUGUUGAGGCCCCGGCCCUGCUGUCCUGUCUAGAGGCGUGUGUUGGUCCUGAUGGACGUCCUGAAAGACUUUCUGAUGACUCGCCGUGUUUUCUGUGAACACGCCGCGUAUUCAGGACAUCUAUUAGUCCACAAAACUGUUGUUUACGGCUAUAAACGGUUUGUAAGGAUGAUUAACGGAGACAGAAAAAAGACAGAAAUAAAGUUUAUCUAUGAAAAUCUAAA